GGCGCCUAGCGCGGGGAUCCGGCAUGCCCGGCUCUCCGCGCCGCCGCGCGGUCUCACGUGAUCCCGCCCCAAGAUGGCCGCCGCUGCCCUCUUGUUUUGAUGAAUAAUCCCCGCGCGGGGCAGGGGCCGCGGCGCGGGCGGGGGCCGAGGCCGGGGAGCGCGGACGGCCGGCGGCAGCGGGGCAGCGGCUCCCCUGAGGCCGCGGCAGCGGCAGCUGAGGCGCGGGCGGCGGGCAGGCAGCGGGCCGGGGGCGGCGGCGGCGGCGGCGGCGGCGGGGCCGGGGCCAGCUGCCGGUGGGCGAGGCGCGGCGCGGCCGCCCCGGAGAUGCCCUUGUGAGGCUCCCCGGGGGUGCAGAGGCGACAGGAGAGCGCUUCCUCGGAGCUGCCCCGCGGCGGGGCAGAGGAAAGCGCCCUCCCUCCGUUCACCAUUAAGAGGAAGGCGAUGGAGGAGCUGAGUGCGGAUGAGAUCCGUCGGCGGCGCCUGGCUCGGCUGGCGGGGGGACCAUCUUCCCAGCCUACUACACCGCUUACAUCACCGCAGAGAGAGACCCCGCCUGGACCUCCUGUAGUAGCACCAGCCCCAGGGCCAUCCCAUAGUCUAGGCCUAAAUGUCCAUAGCAUGACCCCAGCUACCUCUCCAAUUGGGGCAUCAGGAGUAGCCCACCGAAGCCAGAGCAGCGAAGGAGUGAGUUCACUCAGCAGUUCUCCAUCUAACAGCCUUGAAACACAAUCUCAGUCUCUCUCUCGAUCGCAGAGCAUGGAUAUUGAUAGUGUCUCCUGUGAGAAAAGUAUGUCCCAGGUAGAUGUGGAUUCAGGAAUUGAAAACAUGGAGGUGGAUGAGAAUGAUCGCAGAGAGAAAAGGAGCCUGACGGAUAAGGAACCUCUGUCUGGGUCUGAAGUGUCUGAGGAACAAGCUUUACAGCUGGUCUGUAAGAUCUUCAGAGUCUCUUGGAAGGACCGAGACAGAGACGUUAUCUUCCUGAAUUCACUCUCUGCCCAGUUUAAGCAGAACCCAAAGGAAGUGUUUUCAGAUUUUAAGGACUUGAUCGGGCAGAUUCUGAUGGAAGUGCUGAUGAUGUCCACCCAGUCGAGGGAUGAAAACCCCUUUGCCAGCCUGACAGCUACAUCCCAACCGAUCGCUGCAGCUGCCCGCUCUCCUGACAGAAGCCUGAUUCUAAACAUGGGCUCUAACCCAGGAAGCAGCCCCAUGUUCUGUAAUGUGGGCUCCUUUGGUUCCAGUUCAUUGUCCAGUCUCUAUGGGACUAGUCCAGCUCCUACUACCAAUUUCACAAGCUAUGUACCAAUGACUGGUUCAUCUCUUACCCCACCAGCCAGUUCAGUUGCCACUACAUCUGUGCCUUCCAUUACUGUCAGCUCUCACCUCACAGCAACAAGCCCUUCUUGGAUGCAGCCUUCUUCUCCGAGGUACCGACCGUACACUGUUACCCAUUCUGGAGGCUUUUCAGCUUCUUCCAUCCCACGUUCCUCGAGUAUUUCCAUCCCAUCUAGUUCACCAAGUCCUCCAGCCAUGGCUGCUAGCCCUCCAGCCAUGCCACUCACCCCAUCCAGACAGAGACCCACAACAAUGGGUCCACCUUUGUUUACUGCUUCACCCAGUACCUUGCGCAGGCGUUCUUCUUUACUGAACAGGAUUCCUUCUAGUAUUGGAGGCUCUGGCAGCUCAAGUGUUUCCGAUUCCUGCAGUGACCACUUCACCAUUGAAAAUUGUAAGGAGACAGAGAUGCUGAACUACCUCAUUGAGUGUUUUGACAGAGUUGGAAUAGAGGAGAGAAAAGCACCAAAGAUGUGUAGCCAGCCAACAGUUAGCCAGUUACUGAGCAACAUCCGAUCCCAGUGCAUUUCACAUGCUGCUUUGGUGCUACAGGGAUCCUUGACACAACCAAGGUCGUUGCAGCAGCAGUCUUUGCUGGUACCAUAUAUGCUGUGUAGGAAUCUCCCAUUUGGCUUCAUCCAAGAAUUGGUGAGAACAACUUAUCAGGAUGAAGAGGUGUUCAAACAGAUCUUUAUUCCCAUCUUACAAGGCCUGGCUGUAGCUUCCAAAGAGUGCUCCCUUGAUAGUGACAAUUUUAAAUAUCCCCUUAUGGCACUAUGUGAACUUUGUGAAAUCAAGUUUGGGAAAACACACCCUAUGUGCAGUUUGGUUGUCUCUUUGCCCUUGUGGCUGCCUAAAUCUUUAAGCUCGGGUGCAGGAAGAGAGCUGCAAAGACUUUCCUAUCUUGGAGCCUUCUUCAGUCUCUCUGUCUUUGCUGAAGAUGAUAACAAAGUAGUUGAAAAGUACUUCUCAGGGCCUGCCAUUACUCUUGAAAACACUCGGGUGGUUAGCCAGUCUUUGCAACAUUACCUGGAAUUAGCAAGGCAAGAGCUGUUCAAGAUCCUACACAGUAUUUUGCUGAAUGGUGAAACUCGAGAAGCAGCUCUCAAUUACAUGGCAGCUGUUGUCAAUGCCAACAUGAAAAAGGCACAAAUGCAGACAGAUGACCGUUUGGUAUCUACAGAUGGCUUUAUGCUCAACUUCCUAUGGGUACUACAGCAACUAAGUACGAAGAUCAAGCUGGAAACGGUUGAUCCCAUGUACAUAUUCCAUCCCAGGUGUCGUAUUGACCUCCCAACAGAUGAGACCAGAGUGAAAGCAGCAAUGGAGGAUGUUGCAGCCUGGAUCGCUGAACUUUACAGGGAUCCAUCUCCAUUUUCUGAGCCGAAAUUCCCAACAGAAUGUUUCUUCCUAACCCUGCAUGCCCAUCAUCUCUCAAUCCUGCCAAGCUGCCGCCGGUACAUACGCAGGCUGCGGGCCAUCCGGGAACUCAACAGGACUGUUGAAGAUUUGAAGAACAAUGAAAGUCAAUGGAAGGAUUCUCCUCUGGCUACCAGGCAUCGAGAAAUGCUGAAACGUUGCAAGACACAGCUCAAGAAACUGGUGAGGUGCAAGGCUUGUGCAGAUGCUGGUUUGCUGGAUGAAAACUUUCUCAGGAGAUGUCUGAAUUUCUAUGGCAUGGUGAUUCAGCUGAUGCUUCGCAUUCUUGACCCUGCCUAUCCCAACAUAAAAUUGCCUUUAACUCCCGAAGUUCCGAAGGUAUUUGCUGCAUUGCCAGAGUUUUACGUGGAAGAUGUUGCUGAGUUUUUAUUUUUUAUUGUACAAUAUGCUCCUCAGGUGCUUUACGAGCCCUGUACUCAGGACAUAGUGAUGUUCCUUGUUGUGAUGCUCUGCAACCAGAACUACAUCCGAAAUCCUUAUUUAGUAGCCAAGCUGGUGGAAGUGAUGUUCAUGACAAAUCCAGCUGUUCAGCCUCGGACUCAAAAGUUCUUUGAAAUGAUUGAGAAUCAUCCCCUCUCCACCAAAUUGUUAGUGCCCUCCUUGAUGAAGUUUUACACAGAUGUUGAACAUACUGGAGCCACGAGCGAGUUCUAUGACAAGUUUACAAUCCGCUACCACAUCAGUACCAUUUUCAAGAGCCUCUGGCAGAAUAUAGCUCACCAUGGUACCUUUAUGGAAGAGUUCAACUCGGGGAAGCAGUUCGUUCGCUACAUCAACAUGCUGAUAAAUGACACAACUUUCUUGCUGGAUGAGAGUCUGGAGUCCCUAAAACGUAUCCAUGAAGUGCAAGAGGAGAUGAAGAAUAAAGAACAAUGGGACCUGCUGCCCAGGGAGCAGCAGCAGGCUCGGCAGUCCCAGCUGGCUCAGGAUGAACGUGUCUCUCGUUCAUAUCUUGCCCUGGCAACAGAAACCGUGGAUAUGUUCCACAUCCUUACCAAGCAGGUUCAGAAGCCUUUUCUCAGACCUGAACUCGGACCACGACUGGCUGCUAUGUUGAACUUUAACUUACAGCAACUGUGUGGCCCCAAGUGCCGUGACCUGAAAGUCGAAAACCCUGAGAAAUACGGGUUUGAACCAAAGAAGCUGUUGGACCAACUGACUGACAUUUACCUACAGCUAGACUGUGCUCGCUUCGCUAAAGCAAUUGCUGAUGAUCAGAGGUCCUACAGUAAAGAGCUCUUUGAGGAGGUGAUCUCCAAGAUGAGGAAGGCUGGAAUCAAGUCAACCAUAGCAAUAGAGAAAUUCAAACUGCUGGCAGAGAAAGUGGAGGAGAUUGUUGCCAAGAAUGCCCGUGCAGAAAUUGAUUACAGCGAUGCUCCGGAUGAAUUCAGAGACCCACUUAUGGACACCCUGAUGACUGAUCCUGUGAGGCUGCCCUCUGGAACUAUUAUGGACAGGUCAAUCAUCCUGAGGCAUCUGUUGAACUCUUCCACUGACCCUUUCAAUCGUCAGACGCUGACAGAAAAUAUGCUGGAACCAGUGCCAGAACUUAAAGAGCAAAUCCAAGCCUGGAUGAGAGACAAGCAGAACGCUGACCAUUAAGAAUUCCCUUGCAGUGCACGCCGACACCAAUGGGAAGAGCAGGGCGUGAGCUGUUCGGGUGGUAGUGGAGCAGAUACCCUUUGCAAGCUGUUGAUGGGAUUAGCAUGCCCACUGGCACUGGCUUCCAGUGGUGACCAGAAGCAUGUGGACGAGGACGAAAGCGGCUUAAUUCUUGUACAUAUAUUUAAGUGAUAAGGAUGGUCAAUAACAUGGAGGACAAGCUAGGAAGUUGCUUAUGUUACAAAACUGUCCUUCAGUAUGUCACGUUUUGGAGUUUUUACAGCUGAAUUAUUUUAGCAAAGAUGAAUGGAUCAGGGCAGCAUCCCUUCAACCUUAUUUUUUACAGCCAGAUAUCCGUUAAUUUGAUUGUGGUUAGAACCUUGGACAUUUUGCUGCUAAAGUAACUUUUUCCUCUUUCCCUCCUUUUUUUUUUUCCUCUUCCUCCCAUCGAACCUGCACUGCUGUCCUAUUUUUCUUUUUGUAAUGCAAAAACAAAAAUCCCUGUGAAAAUCAAAAUCAUUCCCCUGCCCUCAAAAGAA